AUGUCGUCCAAACACUUCAUCGACGACCCAACGCAGCUCGUCAACAGCGCCCUCCACAGUCUGACCCUUACCAACCCCAACGUCGCUCUCGACCCAGCCUCCAAAAUCAUCUACCGCCGCCCAAGCCAUGCAACUCCCCAAGUAUCAAUCAUUUCCGGCGGCGGAUCCGGCCAUGAGCCCUCCUUCGCAGCCAUGGUCGGUCCCGGCAUGCUUUCCGCCGCAGUGGCAGGUACCAUAUUCGCCAGCCCAUCCGCCGAACAGGUCCGUACGGGCAUCACCUCCCGCGUGGAUACCUCCCAGGGUGUGUUGGUGGUGGUGAUGAACUACACAGGCGAUGUGCUCAACUUUGGCGUGGCUGUCGAGAAGGCCAAGGCCAGCGGGUUAGACGUGGAAAUGGUGGUGGUGGGCGAUGACGUGGGCGUCGGCAGAGCAAAGGCAGGCAAGGUGGGGAGAAGGGGUAUCGCGGGAACGGUGCUCGUGCUGAAGAUCGCGGGUGCUCUGGCAGCAAGGGGCCGGUCUCUGGGCGACGUCGCCAAGGUGGCGAGGUUGACGGCCGAGAAUACCGUCAGCGUCGGGGCGAGUCUGGAGCACGUUCACGUGCCGGGGAGGGCGGUCGAUGCCCAGGACGACAAGCUGGCACGGGGGGAGGCAGAGAUCGGCAUGGGCAUUCACAACGAGCCUGGCUCCGAGAGGGCGAAGCUCGAUCUGCCUCGGUUGGUGGGCAGGAUGCUUGCCCAACUGCUUGAUUCCGGCGACAAGGACCGCGCGUUCCUCAACGUCAACUCCAAUGAGGUCGUGUUGAUGGUCAACAACUUGGGAGGCGUGUCUGUCUUGGAAAUGGGCGGCAUUACGACGGAGGUUGUGACGCAGCUGGACUCCAAAUAUGGAAUCCACCCUGUUCGCAUCAUAACGGGUACAUUUAUGACCAGUCUGAACGGGUUAGGAUUCAGCAUCUCGCUGCUCAACGUGGUCAAUACGGAUAUCGGCGGCCCCGGGAUGAUUGAGCUGCUUGAUGCUGGCGCAGAAGUGACGGGGUGGUCGGCCCCGAUCCGCAAGGAGACGUGGGAGGCGAAGAACACGGCCACGCGCACGGAGGAGAGGGGUCAAGGUGAGCAAGUCAAGCCCAGCGGGCUGAGAAUGGACAAGAGCAUCGUCAAAGAGAGGCUGGAAUUGGCUCUGGAGAGGGUCAUUGCCGCCGAGCCAGAAGUCACGCGGUAUGAUACCGUCGUCGGGGAUGGGGACUGCGGCAUUGGGUUGAAGAGAGGAGCAGAGGCUGUCUUGAAGCAUAUCAACCAAACUACCCUCACCGACGACCCCGUCCUGACACUGACAUCCAUUAUUCCCGUCGUGGAAUCCACCAUGGACGGCACGUCCGGCGCCCUCUACGCCAUCUUCCUCAACGCGCUUGCUCACGCGCUUCGCUCCCUUCCCUCCGGCCAACUGACGCCUUCUUCGUGGGCCAAGGCCCUUGAGCAAUCCUGCGGCGCGCUGUCCAAGUAUACACCUGCUCGGCCCGGGGACAGAACCCUUGUGGAUGCACUGUAUCCGUUCGUUGAAGUCCUCGGCAAGACGGGGGACGUGAAGAAGGCCGCGGAGGCUGCGGCGAAGGCGGCUGAUGAUACAAAGGGCAUGCAGGCUAGUUUGGGGAGGACGGUGUACGUGGGCGGCAAGGGCUUUGAGCAGGUUCCCGACCCGGGGGCGUUUGGGCUGGCUUGUUUCUUUGGCGGGUUGGCUGGGAGGGUGGAUGACGAGUGGGAAAAGGUUUGA